ACUCUCCGUGGCCUUCAACUACCUCACAGGAUCACUCCCCACCGCACUCCCCACCACGCUCGCCUCUCUGGACGUGCAAAGCAACUUCCUGGCGGGUUCUGUGGCGGCCAACAGCAUUUCCUACUGCGCCAGCACGGGCAACUGCCUGGUGGACGCGUCCAAGAGUGCAUCACUGGGACUGCCACAGCGCAGCGCCGCUGAAUGUGCUGUCUGUGGCUCCACCAACGGCCAGGGCGCUCUGUGUGCUGCUGCCACCACCUGCCGGGUUGCUGCUGCCGGGGCUGGGGUGAUCACCCCCCCCACUGCGCUUUCCGCUAGUCUCCCUCUCUUAUGCGAGGCUAUUCCCAUGGACUUGGCAACAACCAUCAAGGCCGCACUGGGGGUGACGCUGACAGACUGGACUGCCACCCUGCCUUUGCUCAAGCCCAGCAGUCCCAUCUCGGGCAAGUCGCUCCCACGCAGCAGCAGUGUGCCGCUGGCAGUGACUCAGGGCACGUGCAUGUUGGAGGGGCAGACUCCCAACCCAGGCGCAUGGACCGGCGUCUACUGUAGCUCCAAGGGCGUUGCUGUGGGCAUCGACCUGAGCUCCAAUCUCUUCCAGCGCUGCCUGGAUGUCUUUCUCUCGCUCGUCUCUUCCCUCAAGGCUCUUCAGAAUCUUCACCUGCAGAACAACUGGUUCUCUAGCUCCAUCCCCUCCUCUCUCGUUGCUCUGUCUGCUCUCUCCACCCUGAAGCUGAACCGCAACUAUCUGACGGGCACAGUGCCGGCGUUCAAGACUACCCUCAAGGCCCUCAACGUGGCCAGAAACCUGCUCUCGGGCGCCUUCCCCGCCAUCUCCCUCACCGCCUGCGAUGCCCGCUCUAUCUGCCUCUCCACCGCCACCAACUGCGCUAACACUGCCGGCACGGCGCAACGGGCAGCCUCAGAGUGCAGUGUGUGUGGGUCCACCGAUGCUUCUGGCGUUCUGUGUGGGGGAGGGCUGUGCGCCCCUGAUGCCCCCGCCGCUGCUGCCUCCUCCACCCCCAACACGGAUGGCCAGCCGCUGCUGCCACUGAGGUGCCUGGGAGUGCCCAUGGAUGCGGCCAUGGGGUUGGCGCUGCUGAGUGUGAAGGCAUCGCUGGGUGUCACGUUCACGGAUUGGAAUGUGGAUGCGCCGUGCGCAUUGGCAGGCCAGGCCGUGGUGCCGGGCUCGUGGUCGAGCGUUGUGUGUGACGCCACCGGCAAGGUUCUCAGCCUGUGA